CCCCCCGUUCACUAGGGGGAGACGUUCCCACAGAACACCUCCGAGCAGAAGAAGACGCUCGCGUGCAGCUCGGCGUCCGGUGGACUUUGCUCUCACAGUCAUCUCGCCCUCUACUAAAAAUGGCAGAUCUCCAGGCGAAGUUUGAUGAAGCAGCAGCUGAGGUGAAGCAGCUGAAGGCGAAGCCGACGGAUGAAGAGAUGCUUCAGGUCUACUCCCUGUUCAAGCAGGCCACUGUGGGUGACGUCAAUACGGGACGCCCAGGGAUGUUUGACUUCACUGGUAAAGCUAAAUGGGAUGCCUGGGAGAAACAGAAAGGUAAGAGCAAAGAUGAUGCCAUGAAUGACUACAUCAACCUGGUGAAGCAGUUGAAGGAGACGUAUGGAGUUUAACCUCACUGGAUCAACUGCCUGAUGAAUGGAGAACAUUGGUAGUCCUCAUACUGUAAAACGCCUUCAAAUCCAACAAGUGUAUCCUUAGACAGCACUUGUGUGUCUGGUGGCUUGCUAAUGGUCUAGUUAAGAUUACAUACGCCUGCAUAACCAAUGAUGUAUGAUCAUGAACUGGCCACCAUUACCAUCGUUUUAAUCAAUGAUUUCAACCAUGUGUAUCGGCACAGAAUCCUGUCAUUUUCAAUAUAAAAUUGUUCUACUCUUUAGUGUG